AUGUCAACUCAAGAUAAAGUUCUAAUGUUAGAGCGCUUACCUAGAUCGAUGAGGAAUAUGGGUAUCGAGAUGGAUACGACACAUCCACUCAAUCCCUCAGCUUUUCAAAUGGAUCGGCACCGUCGUAUCGUGGUGAAUACGACAAAUCCACUCAAUCCCUCAGCUUUUCACAUGGAUCGACACGGUCGUAUCGUGGUGAAUACGACAAAUCCACUCAAUUCCUCAAGCCGAAAUCUUGUUGUGUUUUUGCUGGCGUAUUGA